CGUCUCAGUAGCCAUUUUGGCUCAAGCCAUGUUGGUUCAAGCCGUUUGCAAUCAAUGUGUUGCUGCUCAAUAGCGUUGCAGAAACACAUGGUAUGCCAGGCGCAUUGCUUGAGGUAUGUUUCCCGCGUGGUUGCCACACGUGCGUGCACGACGGUCGAACUUCGUGGAGUCAGUCAGUUCAGGGGAGUCUCUUAUGAUCGCCGUGACAACACAUGGCAAGUAAGAGUGAUGCACGACAGGCAGCUGCACAGACUGGGCAAAUUCGAUUGUCCCAGGCACGCAGCCAGUGUGUAUGAUGAUUUUCUGCGGAGCUGCGACUUGAGAAAACACAGUGCGAUACGGAGGUUGAAUUUCCCAACAGUUGAAGAAGAGAAGGUGCUGCUGGAUUUUUCCGACGAGACUCGCAGGUUCGCAAAUUUGGUUCGGUAUAGUGACAACCACGCGAAGGAGGCCAGAGCGAUGCAGAUCAUCGAGAUGAGUAUCAGCAGCUCUCUGGAGUGUGAGUGGCUCCGCGAAGGGACGCUAGCUGACGGAAUUUUCCGCCCGAGCAUGUGUUUGGACGAUGCGUGGAUCGGGAUUCAAGUCAAAUCUACUGCAAGGAAGGUGCAUGGAGCGUAUCGCUUCAAUCGUGUGAACAGGUAUGCAGGUUUGGUUGUAUUGUGCAUAGGUCUCGACCGCGACCUACUCUGGCUGAUUCCUGGGGUCGAUUUGAAGGUGGCUAGUCUUGGCAUUUAUUCAGGUGGCAAGUGGAGUGGGUAUCAUUGCCCUUGGCACGAUCUGUCGUCGACACUGCGAUCUGUAUGGGGUAACACAGCCAAGUUUAAAAAGCUACCAGCUGAGCAUUGGAAAACUCCGAUCUCGCUUAGUCAACAAAAAGAGUAUCUCGCCCAUAAGCUUGGGGCCGAGUGGUUACGCACAGCGGGAUUAACGAUCACCGCGCCUUCUGUUGCUCAUGGCCCUGUGGACAUGAUCAUAGAUGGUAGAAUCCGUGUCCAGACAAAGUCACGGAGCAUAGAGAAAUCAGGAAUUGCGUCUUACCAGGUCACACUCUGGAGGAAGGCUGGGCCCGGCCGGCACCGCCCUUACAGCGCCCACGAGUUCGACGUUCUUGUCAUUUAUUUAGUGAGGUCUGCAAAUUUGGUUGGAAUGUUUGCGAUUCCCACGGUGGAGCUAGUACGCCGCGGGUAUGUCACAGACAGUAUAUCAUUAUCCGACCUCAGACCGCGCAGAUCGUUGUGCGUCUACCCGCCAUGGUCUAGACCGACGCGUCAGCAUGCGGUUGUUUCGAAGGCUUGGCAAGCCAGGUAUUUUUUUCAAAUGUCAUCUGAACGGGGCAUGGAACAAUUGAAGAGCUUGCGCCAAUUGUUUGAAAGUUCUUACCCCCAGCCAGGUCUCGCAGCGUCCACCAUUUCACUCUCACAGUGCAGAUGCUCCAACAGUUCAUAUAACAGCCAGUAG